GCUCAAGCGAUGCGUCACCGCCACGAAACCCUUCACUCUUAAGUGCCAUUGAGCUUUUCAAUCUUCACUCCGAGUAUCUGCACAUCAUCACACGUCACAACAAGAGCGAGGUAAUUUUGUUUUAGGAGUUACUCAACACCCGCAGUAGGGAACGAAGCAUAGUCCUUGCGCACCCGUACCAGACUCAGAGCAAUGGCUGUGGAAGAGCAGCUGCACGGCGUCAGCGACGACGUUCGCGUCCUCGGCUACGACCCUCUAAUCCCUCCCGCCCUGCUCACCUCCGAAGUGCCUGCGCCUGCCAACUCCAUCCCCACCGUGCUCAAGGGCCGCAAAGAAGCCGUUGAGAUCGUCAAGCAGCGUGAUGACCGCUUGCUGGUGGUCUGCGGGCCAUGCUCACUUCACGACCCGGAAGCCGCCGUUGAAUACUGCUCGCGCCUCGUCGAGCUUGCAGACAAGCUCCAGGAUGACCUGCUCAUUAUUAUGCGUGCCUACCUCGAGAAGCCACGGACGACAGUAGGCUGGAAAGGUCUUAUCAACGAUCCAGAUAUCGAUGAGACUUUCCAGAUCAACAAAGGCCUCAGAGUGUCGAGGAAGCUGUUCUGCGAUCUGACCGCCAUGGGCAUGCCCAUUGCGAGCGAAAUGCUCGAUACGAUCAGUCCGCAAUUCCUGGCCGACCUCAUCUCUCUGGGUGCAAUUGGUGCAAGGACAACGGAGUCGCAGUUGCACCGUGAACUGGCUUCCGGCUUGUCUUUCCCCAUGGGCUUCAAAAACGGCACAGAUGGCGGGCUGAGCGUUGCGGUCGAUGCGAUAGGCGCGGCAGCUGCAAAGCACCACUUCAUGGGUGUCACAAAGCAGGGUCUUGCGGCAAUUACGAGGACUCUGGGCAACCCGGAUUGCUUCGUCAUCCUGCGAGGUGGCACAAGCGGGACGAAUUUCGACAAGGACAGUGUGGCGAAGACGCGAGAUGCACUGAGGAAGAAGGGUCAGCAGGAGGUGAUGAUGAUUGAUUGCUCGCACGGCAACUCCCAGAAGAAUCACAAGAACCAGCCCAAGGUCGCGCAGGUGAUCGGCGACCAGCUUCGCGAAGGCCAAGAGGCCAUUGUCGGUGUCAUGAUCGAGUCGUAUCUCUUUGAGGGCAACCAGAAAAAUGACGGGCGAGGCCUGGAGGCGCUUAAGCGAGGCGUGAGCAUAACUGAUGCCUGUAUCGACUGGGAUACCACCAUCGAAGUGCUUGAACAGCUUGCAGAUGCCGUGAGGGUGCGGCGCCAGGUUCUCGGCAAGGCUUCGGCGGCGAAAGGCACUAAUGGCGCGCCUACAAACGGUGUCUCCAACGGCGUGCAUUAAAUCAUCAUGGGUGGGGAUCUGCGCGGUGUUCCAUGGAUUGCAAAAGUCUUGCUUCGGUGCGGAUAUCCAGCUGGGCGUCAGGUGCUCAUGGCAGGACUAGCUUUUUGAGAUUGUUUUACCAAUGCUGCCACCACGGCACCUCCGCUCGACACGACACUGAGUGCAGUCAAGCAGCGUUUCGCUCGCGAUCAGUGAGGAACCGUAGCGCUUUCAUUUUCAG